UUGAAGGAGACGCGGUGUGUUGUUGAGCGGGGGUUAGCUCACUUGACGAUUGGUCCGCAGACAGAGCGCAGAGCGGAUCGUAGCGCAGCGCGGCGGCGGGGCUGGGCUCUGAUGGGUCUCAUUGUCCUCACUCUCCUCACUGUGGGACGAGCUUCUUUUCAGACGGCCGUACGGAGUUGGACCGUCUCCUGCCCUCGACAUGCUGUGCGCUUGAUGGAAGCGGGUUGUCGCUGAGUUGUGCCCAGUCUGGAGACCACUCAUCCCAAGCGACCAGGAUGUUCCGUGUCCUCACACUAUGAGCAGGCUGCAACAGGAUCCGACAGAUACAGGCAACUUCAGAGAAGUCGACGGCCGCCGGACUGCGGUUCUCAGAGGAGUUCGACUGCAGGACCGCGUCGGAGUGAUACUCUCAUUCGAGUGCUGCAGUCCGCGCUGGCUCCUGCGUUACCAGCCUGCAGUGUUGUUCCUUCCACAAACCACAGUGUGUGUGUGUGUGUGUGUGCACUGAUGGCGGCGUGCUGGUGUGUGUUGACGGUCAGGAAUGCAGCAGCACGGACAACUAGACACACUCCGGUCUGUCUGUAACCACCACACAGCAGGAACAAUGUUGGGCACAGCACGGCAAUCCACGGCGGUGCGUCGUUAAGGGUGUGACCAGCAGCGAUAGCUCUGGACUGUCCUGUGCCAUGAAGACCCAGAAGGCCCGAGGUGUCAAACCAAAUUCAACGUCCGGCCGACGGAAGUCUCGCUUCACCUUACGAGGCAGAAAGAAGAAGGAUGGGGUGAUCCGAGGCAAGCUUCGCAUCCGCUCCAUGCCUGGAGCCUUCCUGGUGCUUGGGAUGAUUGUAGUGGUUGUUGGCACUGCCCUGGCUGUGGCGGGUUACUGGCCCUACCGGAUAUCGCGAUUGUCCAUUUUGGGAGCUGAAGACAGGGAUAGUAUCACUGAGUCACAGACUUCUGGGUGGAGUCUGGGGGCUAAAAGCUUCCUGUCCACAGCCAGCCUCAGCCAUAAUGAACGGAUGAAGCUGCUGGGACCUGUCAUCAUGGGGGUGGGACUCUUCAUCCUCAUAUGUGCCAACACAGUCCUGUAUGAGAACAGGGACAGAGAGACUCAGAUGCUGCUGGCCCAGAUGCGCAGUGUUAUCUGCUCUGUGUCUGCAGCGGUGCCCUCAGCGGACCUUAAAGAAAUAGCAGUGGCCAACUCGAUGGCCAAACACACCCAGUGGGUGAGCAGUUUACCAGCUGCCCAUCUCAACAUCCUCUGUCUGCAGCAGUUGGCCAGCUCUGAGCCCCUGCUCCAGACCAGACACCCCAGAGAACAUGAGGACAGCGCACAGGGCAUCUACCAGCAAGAUGUCCUCCAGACAGAAGCCCUCCACCACCAGGAAUCAGAGUUGCCUCCUUCCCUCCAGUCUUCCCACUCAAACUCAUGUAAUCCCAGUCAGACAGACUUAAACGCACAGUAUGGUGUUGAGCACAGGGACAGCACCAGCUUCAAUGUGCAGGUCCCCCCACUCAUCAAGUUCAAAAACUGCUUGGUGUCCACCAGUUCUAUGUCCACCCUGGAGGUGGACGAGGUGGUUAUCCCAGCUGCCCAGCCAAGGCGUUGCCACAGUAUGAGCUACAGGACUAACCCUCACAUACCCAGACAGGAGGGUCAAAUAACUCAGCUUGUUGCCACGAGAAGGGAGACUGGUUCACAGGUUUGCGUGAACAUCCUGGAGCAGGUUGUUGAUGAUGUGGAUGAGCAGACUCACCAAAGCUGGCCUCGGUUAGACCUGGGCAGUGGCAGACGAUAUCUGAAGUUAGAGAACAAAGAGGAUUCAGUGGACAAACUGCUGGACCAGUUAGAGCAGCAGUGUUCUCAGUGGGAUAAGAGCUUUGGCUCUGGGCCUUUCCAGUGAUGGCUGUUAAAGCUUCACAGUAAUCACAUUUCCCCUGGAUUCAGAAACUGCACCAUAUGUUUUAAAUUCUGUGUAGGGCAGGGAGAAACUGAGCCCUAGAUCAUUUGGAGUACAGUAUUUCCCACGAGGAUCUUCCAAAACAUGAGCCUUUUCUCAAGCUUCAGUGGAAUACUGAUACACAGAAGAUGUGGUCUUUGCUUGACUGGAUGUGGCAGAUGUUUAUAUUAUUGAAAGACAUGAACAAGAUACAGAUCCAACACUAUAAGAGAUGGGACAAGAAUUUCAACAGAUGGUUUACUUCAGUCUGGGUUGCCAGCAAUGCGAAAAAUGAGUUUGCAUCUCAGUGCCAAAAUGCGUUUGUCCAUUUCCAGGACACAGUGUGCACAGCAGAAUGGAGAGGAUAGAAGGGAGCCGGAGAAUGGAGAAUUGUUUUCACUGUGCAAUCAUUUUUGAACCAAACUACCUGGACCCCUGAGCCCAAAAAGUGCUGACAGCUCCUGACAAAUGCUACUAGUAUUUGAAAAAGGGACUUGGUCCUCAGCUGAGGUCCCAUACUCCAAAUGCAAUGCAUGGCAGCGAUGUACAGUAUGUUACAUCUUAAUAAUUAUGCAGAAUAAUGUCAUUGUUGUGUUUGUGUGUAUAAGUAAGUAAUGACCAUUGACUCUGGUUUAUUGCUAUUUUGGUCUAACUGACUCUCGUUUGGCUGUUAUCAAUACAUCAGGUGGAAAAACACUGUAGUCACCAACUAAGCUCCUGAGGCCUGGGAACAUCAUGACAUGGUGUCUCUUCAUUGUAAUGGCGGUUUGUAACGGACACUUAGAAUUAUACGGUUUGCCAGAUUAUAAUGACCAUGGGCCUAUGGCAUUAUUUUCACUAAGAGCCAUUAUCUACACACAUGUUUAUGGAGUUUAUUUCCAACCUUUAUUCAAGAGCAUGGUCUUUCAUUGUGAGAGCAUUCCUUUUUGUAAUUUCAUGUUCAUCCUACCAUCUCCAACAAACCCCCCCUGCUCAUGUGCACAUCUUCUCUGCUCCUGCUCAAAGAAAGUGUUAGUUUGCACUCAGAUGUACUGUUGCUGCACAAAUGUCCUUUGCAACAGCUGUAUAUCUGAGUCAGUACACAGCCACAGCAAUGACCAAAUAGCAGUGCAGGACAUCAUGGCAGAGGCAAAUAUUCUACCCAGACCACCAGGUCUGAGCCAUAAAUGAUGCAUGUUCAUGUGCUUCACUGUCAUUCGUGUAACAGUAGUUAAAUUGUUUCGUUUAUUAGUGCUUAAUCCUUGACCUUUUGUGAAAAUGGAAUAUUCACCAUCAAAGUACGGGUAAGGGUUUAUACAAUGAACAUGUUGACUGUUGUCCACAAUUCAGCAUUGUUGUCAAUGGCUCAGAUGGAAGAUCUGAUUUGUCGCAUCUUUAUCUUCUUCUUUUUGAGCUGAAUUCAUGUCCAUCUAAUGAAAAUGUGUUUUACAUGUUAAAAGUGCUGCUAACAGUUGUCACUCAGCUUGGCACUGGCAAAUCUCCCAAAUGCAAUUAUGUUACAUUUUUUAUGUAUAAAUGUAUGUGUUUGCACUUCCAACAUUUAAUAUGGCUUAAAAGACACUAUAUUGUAGUAAGCAGAUAUGAGUUGUCAUCAACUAUAACUCCUGCAGAUGAAUAACAAUAUAGAACAAAAACUUUUUUUUAAAUAGAAAAUUAUCUUCAUAGAGGAUGUUACAAUUGCUGACUACUGUACAUUAAGCACUAAAAAAGGCAUUAUGGAUGAGAACAACUACAUUAUUGUGUGUUUAACUAUUUAUAAAAUGUUCAUAUACUUCUCAUAAAUAGUGGGACUUAAAGUGUUUCUCCAUCAAAAAUGAUUUGGUAGCAUGGACAGAUUACUGCAAAUGCAAACAGUCUACAGAACUGUCUGAUCUCCUGACUUCUAUGUAGUGAUGUCCCAUAUCUCAGCUACUGGUGAACUUGGUGAUUACAGUGUAAUCAUUACUAAUAAGAAGGAUGUAUAACAUGAAUUAUGCUUAAUAAUGGAGGAUUUCUCUCUGUAGUUGUUCUCCUGGUUGUCGCCAAUAUUAGCUUACAAUGAAAACAGGGAUGCGCCCUCCUGCAGGUGUCCUGUUGACCUUCCAGACUUGGCAUUAAAAUGUGUCUCCACAUGUCUCUGGUGACCACCUGUGAUUGGAUCUCACUAACCCGCUCUACAUGGAAUUACACAUAUGCAUCCUUUACGUUUCUAAAAACGAAAUGCUGUUUUUAACUGGUGGGAGGCAGAAGUGUACUUCUUGCUCAUAGUCCAUAGACUUGUGUAUAAAGAUUGACGAUGUGACAGCUCCCAAAAGUGUAGCCAAAUUAUCUUGAUCAUCCCCUGGUGGCUGGCUGCAGUAUAUGUCAUAAACCCCACCACUCUCAUGUCAGUGGAUGAGACAUUGAACAAACUAAAAAAGCAAAGUAACUAAAAAAGUCAAAGUACGGGGAUGCAUACACAGCACAUCAGCUGAAAAGGCGAUUCUUCAAUGUGACCCAGGACACAUUUGUUUUUCACACUGCCUAAAGAAUGUCAUGUGUCCCAGACCACCUCUGAAUGUGGUCUGGGUGAUCAGAUCUCAAAUCUGUCCUCAAUGGGUCUUGGCUGUGUUCACAACUGUACUUAAAGUUCCCUACUUGAGAUCAGAUCACCCAAGACAUAUGUUAAUACCAGGUCUGAACAGGCCAUAAAGGAAAGAGUCUCAUGGCUUCCUGCUCCCUUUUACAGCCUGUGAAAACAUGCAGAGACAACUCUUAUGAUUUUUGAAUCAACAGUCUUUCUCUGGUUUUCUGUCUGUCUGUGCUGUCUGUUCUGUAUGACAUGUGUGCCACUUUGUGUUAUAAAUGUAUACCAAGCAAUAUGAGCAGUCUAACAGAACAACCAAUGGCUAUGUGUUGCCCUGUGUUGACCAUCGAAUUAAACAACAUUGCCAUGUCUUUGUUGCAAAUAUAAAGUAAAGCAAAUGCAGCUCC